GCCCGGCCAACCUUCCCAUUUUAUGUGUGGGGAAACAGGCCUGGAGACUGAAGUCACUUGACCAGGGUCACGUAGCCAGUGAAGGCCGAGCCGGUUCGUAGAACCAGGUCUGGAGCCCCAUUGCUUUGAUGCAACACGGUCCCAGACGGAAACGGUGGAACUUGGAGGCAAGGACCUAGCCUUCCACGUGUGCCCCUGUGCUCACCUGCAGUCGCUUACCUCGUCUGUGAGUUGGGCGUGAUAGCAAACACUGUAGCGCUCACUAUAUACCGGGCACUGUUGGAAGUGCUUUACGCACAGCUUUCCUGAUUGGGUUGCAGGGCCAUUGUGAGUUAACCUUAAAAGAGGCCUGUGCCCCAAGGACCUUUUUUGUUUUGUAGCUUUUUUUGUUGAAUGACUGAAUGACUCAGAGGCUCUUUGCCAGAGUGUGAGGUGCAGGACAAGUUAAUUCCUAUACCGCUUUUGAGGUAUUGUCCGUAGAUAACCUUGAAAAAUUUGAAAUCAUAGUACUUAUUCUCCCGCCUACGUAAGCCUUGGGAUCUGAGGAUGAGGACACAUUGGGGGUGAGGGCAGAGGGCUUAUGGCUCUUAUUUAAACUAUCCAGAUAAUUGUUGCAUUGCACCCCUUCGCUUUGCUUUUCGUUCACUGAUACAUUUGAUCAGCAAAUAUUAGGCACUGUGCUAGGCCCUGAUCUGAAAAUGUAGAAAACAGCACGAACUCCUCGUUUAAUGGAGGAAUAGGACAUGAAGCAUUGCUCGCUCCCAGUGCCUGGCACACAGAAGUUUCUCAGAGAUACUUUUGAAAAUUAUUCCAGAACAGUAAACAAGGAAGAGGCACAAGUGUUUCUCUGGGCCAGGUGUCAUGAAAGGGCUGCUGUCAAGAUGCAGAGCACUGCCUGUCCUGGCCACCUGCAGCCACCAGCUCUCUGGGUGUGGUCCUCACAGGUUUUACCACCGUGACCCCGAGACAGGGAAGCGCUUGGUGCUGUCUCGCAUGUUCCAGCCCCAGAACCUUCGGGAAGACCAGGUGUUGUCUCUCGAGGGCAGGUCUGGCGACCUGACGUGUAAGAGCCAGCGGCUGAUGCUGCAGGUGGGCCUGAUCCACCCGGCAGGCCCUGGCAGUUACCACCUCCUGCCGUAUACCGUGCGCGCCCUGGAGAAGCUCGAGCGGCUGGUAGACCAGGAGAUGCAGGCCAUCGGGGGGCAGAAGGUCAACAUGCCCAGCCUCAGCCCAGCGGAGCUCUGGCGAGCCACCAGCCGCUGGGACCUCAUGGGCAAGGAGCUGCUAAGACUCAGAGACAGACACGGCAAGGAGUACUGCUUAGGACCCACACAUGAGGAAGCCGUCACAGCCCUGGUCGCCUCCCAGAAGACAGUGUCCUACAAGCAGCUCCCGUUCCUGCUGUACCAGGUGACAAGGAAGUUUCGGGACGAGCCCAGGCCCCGCUUCGGUCUUCUCCGCGGCCGGGAGUUUUACAUGAAGGACAUGUACAGCUUCGACGCCUCCCCAGAGGCCGCCCGGCAUACCUACGGCCUAGUGGGCAAGGCCUACGGCAGCCUGUUCCGCAGGCUGGGGCUGCAGUGCGUCCGGGUGCAGGCGGACGUGGGCAGCAUUGGGGGCACCACGUCUCACGAGUUCCAGCUGCCGGCCGACAUCGGGGAGGACCGGUUUGCUGUCUGUCCUGGCUGUGGCUUCUCGGCCAACAUGGAGACGCUGCGCAUGUCGCAGGCUGACUGCCCGGCCUGCCGGGGCCCGCUCACUGAGGCCAGAGGCAUCGAGGUGGGGCACACGUUUCACUUGGGCACCAGGUACUCCUCCAUUUUCAACGCCCAGUUCACCGACGCUCAGGGCAAGCCAUGCCUGGCCGAGAUGGGCUGCUACGGCCUGGGCAUGACGCGGAUCCUGGCCGCCGCCCUCGAAGUGCUGUCCACGGAGGACUGCGUUCGCUGGCCGGGGCUCCUGGCGCCUUACCAGGUUUGCCUCAUUCCCCCAAAGAAGGGCAGUAAGGAGGAGGCGGCCACCGAGCUCUCGGGCCACCUGUACGACCUCAUCACGGAGACACUGCCGCAGCUCCGCGGGGAGGUCCUGCUCGACGACAGGACCCAUCGGACCAUUGGAAACAGACUGAAAGAUGCCAACAAGUUUGGCUACCCCUUUGUGAUCAUCGCAGGCAAGAGGGCCCUGGAGGACCCGGCACAUUUUGAAGUUUGGAGCCAGAACACUGGUGAGGUGGUCUUCCUCACCAGAGAGGGCGUCACGGAAUUUCUGAGCCAAGUGCAGGUUGUCUGAAAGCCCCGAGCCACCCCCACCCCAUCCUGCAGCCUCCGUGUUCACUCUCUUCACUCUCGGGCUGCCUUUUCCUAUACUCCCUUCCAGGGUGGGUCUCUCCAGAAACAAGGCAGCUCAUGGAAGGAGGGAGCGUGCUAGGGAAGCUGACUUAUCCAGUCCUUUUAGACUGUAUUUCAGGUCUGUGAUUCCACUCUCUGGGCUGGCCGUGCUGCCAGUUUCCAUUUGUCUUCUGUUCCGGUGAGGAGGCAGAGGGGUAAGAAAGAGCUGCUCCUCUCGGCCCUUCAGUGAGUCACUUCCUUUCUCUUGGCCAAGUUUCCCAUGCGGAGGGUGAGGGUGGCCAGGGGCCAAGGCCCUCCCAGCUCCGGCAGUCUGACCCCUGGCCUCCUGAUGCAUUUGAAGAGCAGGCCCACCAGCCCUCCUCCACUGGGACAUGUCUCUUCCCCUGCUGGGGCCUCAGAUUCCCCAUCUCUAAUAUGAGGAAAUGGAACUAGAUCUGUAAAGUCCUUACAGCUGUCACCAGCGGGUUCGUAAGAGGUUCACGACAGGCAGAUCUGGUUCCUCUGAUCUUCCAUAGUCUAAGCUACAUGGAGAGUUGAUAGAAUUAGCUACUGGCCCAAAAAACCACCUCCAGAGACCUGGCCCUAUUGAGGUGGCAUAGCGCAGAGAUCAGGUUCUGUUGAUUGAAUGAAGUCAGACCACUGGGGUGAGCCUUGCCUGUCUAUGAAUGGUGGUAACGCCUGCCAUUUUAACUGUGCAGUGGCUUCCUACCUGGGACUCAUCUGUCCUUUCUUCUACUCUUUCUACACUCCACUCAAAACCAAAAAGAAGCCUACCUUUGGUGGCUGGGAAUAUGUUUGAAACCAUUUCUUCCCCCAGAUGUGAGGGAUAGCAGGCUUCAGGUGUCACAGUGAGCUUGUCCUGGGAGCAGAGCUUGCUCCUCAAGCCACACCAGGGGGCACAUAUCAAGGUCUCUGCCUGAAUUCUCUGGAAAACUAGGAUCAGGCUUGAGCCAUCCCAGCAUACUGCACUUGUUGUCUUAGCCAGUUGUCCCACCUGCCAAACAGCUUCCCAGCAGUUUACUGCUACUGCUGUUACUACUCGAGUAAUCCACGCUCAAGCACACACCAUCAGGUUUCUUUGUUAAUGUACAUGCCAAGUGCUGAUAGCCCCCAGGUCUACCAGUGGUGCUCUGGGCCCAGCAUUUGGGCCAGGAGAUGUGCAUUACGAGAGCAAACCUAGAAAGGCUGGAUUAUAAAUCAGGGGCCUUCCCCUCGGCUGCACUUCGGUCCUACCCAGUUCGGGUUAGGGUCUGGGUGUGGUGUGGGCGUUGUGCAUUUUAAAGCUCCAUAGAUGAUUCUGAAGUGCAUGCGUGCAGAGUUGAUGCACGGUUCCCAGCGUCCUUCUAAGCCGGGGCCCUCCCUGAGUGGCUUUGUAGCUGAGUGUUUUGAGUCAUUUGCUCUGUACAUUAUCGGACUGAUGGGAACUCUCUGCUUUUAACGGUCUGCUCAUAUAUUUGUUCCGGGCCUGCCACAUACCACUGUGCUGUGAGGCACUGUCGUGUAUCAUUUUCAUAUUCUAAACUGUGCAAGGUGGGUGCUGUUUUUACGGAAGAGGCACCUGAAGCUCCAUUCAGCACCUUACUCGAGGCUGUACAGCUCCAAAGUAUCAGAGCCAACAUCCAAAGACUGACCAACACCAAUGCCAUUCCCAUUACAACUGCAUGGCCUCCACCGAGACAAGAGUGCUUUCAGUAAAUAAAACUGAAUUAUUUAUGUCUAUCUAAUCAAAUUAGCCUCAAAUAGACGAGCACUUAGAAUUUGUGCAAAUUGGCGUUUUAAUAUUUUUAAAUAUUUAAUUAAUUCUUACUGAUGUUUGGUUGAUACACGGAGUUACAUUCAUUUAGGUAUGUAACAUAGUGAUUCAGUAGCUGUACUUUAAGUGAUGCUCACAGUGUAGCUCCCAUCUGUCACCCUACACUAUUAUACUACCAUUGACUAUAUUCCCUGUGCUGUACCUUUUAUCCCUGUGUCCUGUUCAUUCCAUAACAGGAAGCCUCUACCUCCCACUCCCCCUUUUUUUAAUUGUGAAUUUGUGCUCCAUCAGCUGAUUUAUGGAAGUUGGAAGGCUAGCCUAAUGUAAGCACUUUUAAAAAUCAGAUUUCAGGAAUAGAGAACCAAUUAACUUUGAAGUCUUCAUAAAUGUGCAAGUUACAGAAUAAUUUGAGGACGAUACAGAAUCAUGGAAGUUUAGAACAGGAGGACUUGGGAGCCCCGCCUGUCCGCCCCUCAUUUCACAGAUGGGAAGCAGGCCUGGAGUGGGAAUUAACCUGCCACACACCAUCUGACUGGCAGAACACCUGAUUGCAGGCCAAGAGCUGUGUCCCUAAAUCAGGCUACCUCUGGUUGAUCUUGUUGGAAGAGACGUCUGGCCUGAUCGGCCUCUGGACUGCAGAAGCCUUGGACAUGUGAAAUAGGUACCGUCCUUUAUUUUCCAAGGGAGAAAAAUACAGGGAGUACAGUGACUGGCCCAAGGGAAGCUGAGCGGAAAUCCACGUGUCCUGAUGACUAAGCCAGCGUGUCUUCUAAGCAGCCAGGGGCAGUACGCUAUGGUGGGAAGAUCAGAACCUGGAAGAGACAUAAUCCUAGAUCCACCGCCACUUGCCAGGGAUGUGACCUUAGACAAAUUACUUGCCCUUUAUGUGUCUCAGCUUCAUCUGUAAGAUGCGUUCAUGGCAGUGCACUUCCCGGGGGGUUGCCUGCAUUCACUUAAGCGAAAUGCUUAACCCGGUGCACUCAGGAAACACAUCCUUCACAAACUGGACGACUUAGGAAAGGCCACCACGGGGAGCUCGGGAUCUGCUGGUAACAUAUCUCAAGACCUGCAUCUAGUUUUCUUGAUGUGAUGCUUUAUAACGUUCCUGGGGAGGGCCACUGGCAAGAACUAAGUGACGCCUAUGGAAUGGCUCCAUCUCCUUAGAGGAGAGACAUAUUCAGACAGUGUACCUUACUUGCUCUCUCCUAUUUGGUGGAAUUUGCCAAUGUUACCUCUUGCCAUAAACUGAUGAAAUGGGGAUGCUGGCAAAAUAACAGGCAUAGGAUGUAUUAUCAUUGCUCAUUCCUUGGGGAGAUCUAGAAGCAACUGGCCAGGAAAUAUUUAGCGGAAUUAAUACUUGGGGACAAAAGCUGGUGCAUAACAAAACCACUGUGUAAAUCAAGCCUAGAAUAUAAAUCAAGGGCUCCACUAAUAUUCUGUGUUUUAAUGGAAGAAACACCUGCUGGGCUAUCAAUAAAGGCAUUUUGCAGAAAUCUGUUGAAAUUGUCAUUUAACUACUUGAGUGCCAGGGAACU